AUGCGCUCUCUUCGCCUUCUAGCCCUUUGUGGUAUUCCACUGGCUUUAGCUCGAAGUGGUUGCGGGUGUUGCGGGUUUUGCGGGGGCGGUUCAAGACCUCUUUUUAAAGCCGACAUACGUGCUGAUACCAACCGCGACGGACGAGUCGACCUCGAAGGCCUUUCGGACACGAUUGACAAGACGCAAUGGAAUGAAACGCACGGUGCAGUUUUCCUUCCCAAUAUCGGCGACACUGGUAGACGAUGCCGAAUUCAGUUUCUCAACGGCAAGAAUUUCAGCGAUGAGAAACUUGACGAUUGUCACGAUGCUUCCGACGACACCCAGAGAUCUCCCCAAUAUCUCGCACCCCUCAAGACCGUCCCCAAUCCAGACCUCUUCGGCAGUGCAAAGGGUACUGUUACAGUUCCCGACGAGACCCAGCGAAAGUUUGUACGUAUCUUCCAGAAAAAGGGCAAGGAUUGGGAAUACAUCGACAACAACCAUACCUUCUAUCAACCGGAGUUGCAGGCUGGCCUUGACCUUGGCAUUGAUGCUCGUAAUACCAGACGUCCCGAGAGUCAGGACAUCAGAAGCCCCGAGUGUUGGGAUGGACGUGUCACUGUUCGCUUUACCAUUGAAGCCGAAGGUACCGAAUCAUCUGACACGGUCAUGUUACGUGUCGCACCCGUGCUCACACACCAUCAUCUCCAAAAGGUCGAACAAGUGGUCACCGCGCAGAAAAUCCCGACCCCUUCUCUCGAUAAGUUCGCCUACCAACUAGACUCAAUUACCAAGGCGGCCGGCCUCGACAAAGAACUUAUCAUCUUGGACGCAGUCGACAGUGAACAAAAAAGAUUUGACCAGUGGGUCCAAGACUUUGUUGAGCCAGGCUACGCAAGCAUGCCUGGUCCAAAUGGAACAGUAUCUAUCCGGAUCAUGAUACGCUGUCCCGGCGAUAUGAGAGAGGGUGGUCGAGAGAUCUUUAGGUUUUUCCGAAAAGCUGGAGUUGGCGCAGUGCAGCAUCUCGGAAAGUGGAUAUCUAACAUCGAUGCUGGUGGCAACAUCGAAGCCAUUCCUCCUUACACCUUCCAAGGCAAGACCUGGCCGGCUGGACGUCUUAUCGUUGGCAAGCAUGGCAACGAAAGCCAUCACAUCCUCUCUUACCUUGAAGCUCAAGAGUCACAGGCGCCCCCCCUUCGGCUCGAUACUUCCUGGCUCGCAGUUGGUCAUGUCGAUGAGUUCCUCCAGUUCAUCCCCGCCAACAACACCAGAGGUUGGAUUGCAGUCAUCAGUGACCCUCUUUUAGCUAUCAAACUUCUUCAAAAGGUGGAAAAGGCCGGACAUGGAUCGCACCCGGCUAUCUCACGCAACAAAUCUUCUACUCUGUGGCCCAAAGGCUGCAUGAUGCCCGAGUGUAACCAACCCGUCCAUUCCUUUACCAUAAGCCAACUAUUGGGAAACCAGAGACUGAUGGGGCUCAACGAUAUGUGCGCUCGACAAAUUAACGACAGCAUAAAGAUUCUCAGGAAGGAAGUUGGACUUACUGAUGAGGACAUCAUUCGCAUCCCAUCUUUGUUCAUUGAAGACGGCAAAUCGGAGUUUGUAGAUCCUGGCUCGGAAGUCAAAGUCAGCGCAUUCUUCCCUGCUGUCAUAAACAACCUCGUCCUUACUGGUUACAACACUUCCAUUGCUCCUAAACCGUGGGGUCCGCUUGUCGGGGAGAAGGAUAUCUUUGCUGAGACAAUCAUCGACAAGUAUGCCGAGGUUGAGAUGAACAUCAAAUUUAUUGAUGACUGGGAUAGUCAUCAUAGACUCAUAGGAGGGGUUCAUUGCGCCACUAACUCCAUUCGAGACAUGUCUGCAAAGUGGUGGUGA